UUUAGGGUUUUUUGUGCACUCAGUAAUGCACAAGGCUUUGAGGUACAGUGUGAUUGCAAUUAAUGUUCUCUUACAUUGUGGAACAUUGCUUGAAUGCACACACACAUUUUAGUCUCCAUUAGCUGGUCUUAAGACCAAAAAGACCUUAAGAAUUCUGAGUGUGGUUAAAGAAAGGCUGAUCUUCCAAAACUAACCUCAAUUCUGUAUUCACAGAGUUGUGGCAUCCAUUAAUCACGACUGCUGAUUCCACUCAAUGUCAAAAAGCAAGUGCUGUCUGGGUUUAAAACCAAUUUCUGAGCUGUGUUCAUUCUUUAAAUAUCUAUUAACUGCUGCCUAUUGCCUUAAGGCAAGGCUUUUUAUGCACAAAUAUAUGAAUGUUUUACACUAAUCCAUUAACUAUAUCUCCAUGCCUUCAAGCAGAUUGUUUUUAAAGGAUAACAACCACUCGACUGUACUUAAUAGCAUUGUAUAUUGCAUAGCAUCCAUUUUAAAGCAUUUACAGAAUGACCCAGUAAUGCGGUCCAAAAUCUGCUUUAGCAGCCAAUGUUCUUAUAUACAUAAAGCACACGGGGGCAGGGGCCUGAUCACUCCUAUCAUAGUGCUAUCCCCCCACUGACCCUGUGAAGGACUUAGGGUUUUCAUUACAUCAACCAGUACCUGAGCAUUUUUAGUUAUGCAAAAACCGGUCACUAGAUUUACCAGAAGACUAAUUACUCAUCACAAUAUUUAACAAGCUUAUUUAUUUUAAAGGAUUUAAGACUUUUUCCAUGUCUCCUAAUUUGCAUGAGUUGCUUUUGUUUUACAUAAAGCCUUGACCACCUGAUUACAACUAAAAAGGUCACUGUGGUUAAACAAGGGUUAUAGGUAUAUAUUAAUUGGAUUUGGUGUCUGCAUAUCCCUCCAAUAACAGUCCAGAUUUAGACGAUAUUAUAAUUGUCUAGUUUGCUAUAAAUGAGGGGUUUUAUUAGCAGUCUCAAUAUUUUAUAACUUCAUGACCCUCACUUUGCUUUAUAUUUUAUGCCGUAAUGUUAAUUGGGUAUGACCCUGGGGAAAAUCACAUAAGGAUUUAAGAUCCACCCCCACUAAAAAAAUUAAGUAGACACCCAACCUUUUUAAUAUAAAUUAUUAGUUGUGGAUUGUCAUCACAGCACCUUACUGGAACCUAAAUUAAGGGUUUAAUUUAAGGGAGCUUCUCCAAUCUGCUCUUAAUACUAAAAUGUGUACUUUUUUUUUUUUUUUUUAAGUUUUCUUGGUGUAACAAAAUGGAAUGCUGCUUACAAGUUUCUGUCAAUGUCCAAAAAAAAAAAAAUCGACCCAUGGCCACUUAAACCAGCCUGGACUAUUGAUGCUCAUUAAAGUUCAGCAAUGCGGUGAAGAAUUUCAACGCAUAUACCUUUCCUGUCAUGUGGAUGGAUACAAUAUUUUCAUUUUAUUGAUCUGUUGCUUUUCCCCAUUGCAUCCACUGAAAUAUUUAAACCUUUUAGAUUGAAAGCUUUGUUUGAAAUUACAGCCUUACUGUAUUUCUAAAAACCUAUAAAAAGUAUUGAAAUCUUGUGCACUGUGCUUGCUGGAAAGGAAAGUUACGCUGUUGUGAUUUCUUGGAGUCGAGGAGUCCUCCCACAGCAGUCGGUUUUUACAGCAGGUAAAGUGAUAUGUUUGCAGUUUGAGCUGCAUAGCCGGGGGUACGUAUUGUUAUAUCGAGCAGUAAAUCAGAUGGGCCUCUAGCUCCCCUGUUUCCAUAGCCAUGUUAUACAAACGCAACAUUUCCAUGCUGUUCAAAACUAAUAAGUCUGAAACGUGGAAAAUGAUUUGGGGUUCGCCUUUAUAAUAGUAUCAGGGUAUAUAGCAUUAAAGCGCCUCUGCAGACAGCAUGGUACCGUAGAAGCAUCUUAUUUAACCAUAGUAUGUAAUGCAAUUCAAAAAUAAAAAAUGUAUUCAGAAAGAAAUUCAACCAAGCGACAAUUGGGGGGGGGGGGGGUAGGUAAUCAAAUUAUCUUAUCCGUGUCACAUCUUAAUACUGUCAUUUCUUUGGCACAGCCAGGCACGCUACCGUGAGAGGUUCCCUUCAUAGCUUUUUGUAACGGGGUGGUACACACAACUGAGGUCUCAGGAAGGGAGCCUAUAUCGCCAGAGAAAUAUAAAUAGGGAUCUCCCAAAUGAAAUGUGUCCAAUUUUAUAGACUGAAAACAGGCCAGCAGAUGUGCCCCUGUUUUGGCAAAAUUAGCAGAUGGCCUUUAAUCAUUAUUAUUGACAAAACGCACGGGAAUUGCGAUUCCCUUUGUAUAAAAAGGCCACCGGUAGAGAUAAAUCCCCUCUCGCAAUUUGCUAUCUCUGGAAAAUAAGUGUUCUGUACAGCACUUGAACUAGACACAAUAAUGUGUCCUUACUUAAACUAGUUCUGGAGGUACCACUUUGUGGGGUUAAUGACAGAGGUUACUGGUGUACUUGAACUUGAAAUGUAAGCUAAGGGCAUUGCCAGGCCAACCUUGUUUUCACCAUUGUGUCCAACGCAAAAAAAAAAAAAAAAAAAAAAAACCUCUCUAAAACACAAUUACAAAUUCCUACAUGCAGUUAGUUAACUGGGAUAGAACUGAAAAAAUUAAACAUAUAUUUAUACAGAACAGCCUACAAUAGCCUAGAGACAAUAUAAUGCAAAGGUGACACGAAGGUAGUGUGGCAUUACGAACUGCACCUAGCUUCACUAUGAAAGCUGUCUUCCAAAUGUUGCUGAUCGUGGACGUGCUAAUAAGAACCGACAUAAUGGUGCGCCUCCAGACAGCACAGGCGGCAUAUCACUCAAGUCAUAGACAGUGAUUAACUUGGUUUUGUUUUUGUUUUUUUUUCCGCACAUAUUAGCACUGGGACACACUUUCUGGGUAUUCGUGAGGAAAACUCAAAUGUGAUUAAAUUGUAGGACUGUGAUUUACAGCACUAACCCUUCAAUUGUAGGGGCUUAGCUUUGGGUUUUUGAAUGAAGGGUGGGGUCACACAUUAAAUGAGCUUGGUGGCCUUUGCAAAAUGAAACGUGCAAAUACAAAUGUAAAGAGGAUCAGUAUGACUGGAGAGUGAAACUUCCAGGUCUCAUCCAUAAUGAACUGCCAGAAGAUAUAUGUGUGUGUGUGUGCGUGCGUAUAGCAGGCUACCUGGCUAGUCUCCUCCCUCCAGAAUAAUCUAAAACAAUACAUCCAUCUUUAGUUAGAAUAAACUAAAAUAUCGUUUGUGUUUUAAUGACACCCAUUUACUAACAAAAUAAAAUUAUCCUAAAUCGUGAAAUACGUACUGCAUGAUGAGGAGGCCCCCUCAUGAGAGGAUGCACAGAAGCUGCUGCAGUUGAACUGGACAGUUGUUCACUCUGGGCUAUUGAGAACAUUUCUAUUGUUCCAAAAAUAGGAUCUGGGCUUAGCAAAGCACGGGCUAGUUGAUGACUAUACUAACCGUGGAGUUUAUAGUGAAAUUAAAAGGACACUGUUCCACACUAUACUUCCCGUGGAAGUUGUACCCUCCAAAAACCCAUUCUUAGGUAUUCAAAUACAAUAAGUAAUACGUUUCUUUGGGGUUCCCCCCAGCGUGUCACCUUGCUUCCUGUGAGUCAGUCAAGUCCAGUCGCCCAAAAGUUUUGGCUGUUAAUGUUCUGAAAUGCUUUCUUUUAGUUUUAUUCGCCGUUUCCAUAGAGACUCUCAGUUUGGGCCAGCCACCCGAGAUACACAAUUGGAGAUCUUUAGGUAUGGGAAUGUUAAAUACAAGGGGGAAUUGUGUAGCAAAUUGCUUUCCAAAAUGCAGAAAUGCUGUAAGCGUACAAUGCUGAUGAAGAGUGCUGUUGAAAUUGAGAAGGCACUCCCCAGCGAUUGUGUGCAUCCCGCAUUGUGCUGCAGCGACAGGCUGUCAGAGGGGGCUGUUUCCAGAGAUCAGUUGGAAUAUAGGUUAAGCUUGGAGAAUGAACAUAAUCCGUAUUGACUUUUCGAUUUAUAUACACGUUUGUAUAUGAAGUAUUUUAGGAACCAGAUACUCAUUGAUAUUACAGCUUUGUCUCCCAAUGCUUGUUAAGUAUUAGGAGACAGCGCUCUUUCCAAUACAAUUACUUACAUGAGAAACCAAAGUCUCUAAUAAAUAAAUGAAUGUGUCCUAAUGAGAAUUCGUGCCGAUUUUAAAACAGAGUAGAGUGGGGACGCAAUGCAAUGAAUCGUAGUUUAAAUGUCAAGUUACACAUUAAACACAUCCAUAUAUGUCUGUAUACAAACACAAUCAAGUAUAAAAAAAAACAGUUGACACAAACUGAAGUACAUAAAAAGGGCUAAAUUCCAUCCUUAAAACAGUACAAUACAAUAAAACCGUAUUUUGACUAUCGUCAUGUAUUAUAUUGAACAACCGAAUGAGAUGAUCCAAAAUGAUCUUUUGAUAAGCAUCUGUUCUGGUAUUGGCAGUCUACUGAGGACAAUAUCUGAGGGAUGCAGUUAAAGGGACAGCUCUCUUUCUUCACCUGUGGGGGAGGGAGAAGAAGGGAGGUAUCUAUGGCACCAGUAUUGUCACAAACAGGCAGCCACCUCCCACGAAAAGUAACCGUUCUAAUCGCGCUCUCUCUAUUAUCCGUUUUGUUACACGCCUUUUCGCCGGCUCUGCAGGUAGAGAAAAAGGGCCAUUCAAAGAGAUCAGAUAGUUAGGUUAAAGAGAGCAUCUCUCGUUUACAUCUCCCCCGCCCCCUCGCUGGAGCACACUACAAUCGAGAGAGAGAGAGAGAGAGAGAGAGAGAGAGAGAGAGUUAUCAUCCCUCCCUACUACGACUACUACCACGGCGGCCACUGUUGCUGCAUAGUUCAUCUGGAGUGACCCUGCAUUAGAUUAUAUCGAGGAUUUGAGAUUUUUUUCUUGCUUUAAAAAAAAAAAAAAAAAAAAGAGAGAGAGAGAGAGAUAAGUGUCAUUGGAUAUAAUUCUGGGCAAAAACCGAGCCGCUGCUAAUAUUGCAACUGGGGCAAUUUGAUGCUUUCAAGAUUCAUUUGAAAGAAAACAAAGCAAGAAUACAGAGCUUUCAAAAAACGGAUAGUACAAGAACCCACCGCUUAAUCCAGAUAAGUUUUUCUCUGCUGCAGCAAGGAACUCCCUCUAGAUCCCACAGUCAUGGAUGAAAUGGACCUUCCUCAGAUGAAGAAAGAGGUGGAAAGCCUCAAAUACCAGCUAGCCUUCAAGAGGGAGAAGUCCUCCAAGACCGUGCCAGACCUGGUGAAGUGGAUUGAGGAGGGAGUUCCUGAUGACCCCUUCCUUAACCCGGAGCUCAUGAAGGCCAACCCGUGGGUGGAAAAGGGGAAGUGUACCAUUCUUUAACAGCAGAGCAAGUGUGCACACCAAGCACAGUCCAAACAUAAGCACUGUACAGCACAACCAAGACUGCUAAACACGAUCUCUACCUAGCUACUCACAGUGAAUGUAAAAUAGUUGAUUAAAAGAAAAACACAUCAUGUCGAAACCAUAAUCAUUGCAAAAGUUAAAAUGUUCUUGAUGCCAUUUUGUUGUUUUGUAAGCUAUGAAAUGUUUGUGUUUUUUUCACCCAUAUAAAAAGUUAGUCUGCAUGUUUUGUU